UUUCAAAUAAAUAUUAACAAUAUAAUUUUAAUUCGUAUUUUAAUCGCUUUAUUACAAACGAUUUCGAUCAUUAUAUCGAAAAAAAACUAGUCGAAUCAAUCGUACAGUUCGCUAUAGGCCAAUGCCAACAGUGUUACCAACACAUUAUAGUACAUUGCUUUUUCUUUUUUUUAACAUUAUAUUAUUCAUUAUUGCCUCCUUUUAAAAAGUUUAUUAUAAUUUAAAAAUAAAGCAAGAACUUGUUGGUUAUAUAUCAUAUAUAUCUUUAUUAGUUAAUGAUAGAAAUUAAUUAGUAAUAAACCUAAACCAGCGUAAUCUUAAUUUAACUUUCAAAUAAAACGCAAUAUUUUAAUUAUGGAAAACAUGGCGUCUGCUCGGCCUACGUUUACUAAACAUGUUGAUCGGUAACGAUACAGUGGAUUUUACUCAACAAAUUUCAACAAAACAAAUAUUUAUAUUAUUGAAAUUAUUAAACAAGUCUAUUUCUAAUUUUGUUGAAAUAUUCUACUUGUUUCGAGUGCUACUCAGUGUUGACAAGUAGUUAUGGCAAAUCAUUAUGAAGUUCCAAACUGGUUAUGUUUUCAGGGCUGGUAAGCCUCCAGUUGGUUUACAUUUGGAUGUAUUGAAAAAUGAUAAAUUAAUACAGAAAUUAAUGGUGGACGAGAAAAGAUGUUACUUGUUUGGUCGUAAUCAACAAUUAAAUGAUUUUUGUAUCGAUCAUGCUUCCUGUUCUCGAGUUCAUGCUGCACUUGUAUAUCACAAACAUCUUCACAGAGCAUUUUUAGUAGAUUUGGGGAGUACACAUGGAACAUUUAUUGGUAAUAUGCGCUUAGAAGCACACAAACCAACGCAACUUCCUAUUGAUAGUACAUUUCAUUUUGGAGCAUCUACGCGAUAUUAUAUUAUCAGGGAACGACCACAAACUGGUACAAGACCUAUUAUUGAAGAAUUAGAAAAACUUUCAGAAGAUGCUGAUACUGGUGGCUUAUUAGGUUUACCUGAAACAGAAACAGAACUUGAUAAUUUAACAGAAUUCAAUACAGCACAUAAUCGACGCAUAUCCAUGCUUGGUAUCACAGAUGAUGAAAUGCAUAAAAGUACUAGAAAACGGAAGAAAAAAGGUAUAACAUUUAAUGAUGAUGAAGAAGUUAUUAAUCCUGAAGAUGUAGAUCCAUCUGUAGGUAGAUUUCGUAAUCUUGUACAAACAACUGUAGUUCCAAGCAAGCGAAUGCGUAUGGAAGGUGGAUUAAUAUCAUUAUCUGAAGAUCACCACCCUUUAAAACAUUUACAACCUACGUCAACCACACCACAGCUUUAUCAUGAUCUUCCACCAGAACAAUUUACACCUUCUUCAUUAUCAAUAAAUCCUUUUUCUACAGCUUUAACAUCAUUAACUUCUAGACUUGGUAUUGCUUUACCAAAUCCUGCACCGGAAGUAGAAAUGACUCCAAAUCUUGUACAACCUGAGGUACCACAAGUACCAGAAAUUUCAGGUCCCACAGAACCACGUGCAAUGGAGCCUAAAAAGAAAAAGUAUGCCAAGGAAGCUUGGCCUGGGAAAAAACCUAUACCAUCACUCUUGGUAUAAUUGUAUUAAAAAUUUUAUACUUUUCUUAAUUGUGGGCAUAACAAAUAUAGUCUACUGUUUUGUUGCUGUAUUCGUGAUAGGCUUAAUAUUUGAAGACUGUUAUAAAUUCAUUACAUAACUUUUAGUUGCCCCUCAUUUUUUCAUAAUCCCUUCAUAACAGUCACUUGUAUUUAAAUCAAUCUUAUGUAAUAUUAAUUCUCAUUAUUUACAAUUUAUGUGCGAUAUAAAUGUUUAUAAGUAACGUAUAUAUUGAUAAAUAGUUUAUAAUUUUAAUAAUAAUUUGAUAUCUGAUAGAAAAAUUUCAAUAAUUAGCUUUCCAGUUCUAUAAUACAAAAGAAUAGAUAAAUAAAAAUUAUAUUUACUUAUGUAGGUUAUAAUAAACCUAUAAUGUUAAUUUGUUAACAUUUUAAUUAUAUACAAUUAUACAGAUUAUUAAAAAGAAAAUAAUUAUAAAAUGAUUGAAUUUCAAAUGUGAUAAUAUAUUUAGUGUAAAAUAUUAACUAGAUUAUUUAACUUAUUACCUAUCUUAUGUGGUAUUAAAUAAUUAUUAAGGUAAAAAGGAAGUUUAAAAGUAUAACCACAAAGAAUUAGUGUUGAUGAUAAACAUAUAAAACCAGUAUUAUAUAGUGUUGUAAAAAAUACUCAUCUACUACUAGAAUAAUACCACUAAUUCUGUAAUUAUUUUAGAUUUUAAAAAAAUAUUUAUAAAUAAUAUAUUUAAGUAUAAAAAUGUUUUUAUUU